ACCUUGUGAUAUUUCUUAAACCUACUUAAGAGAGUUGCAAACUUCGUUGAAGGUGUUGUGUACUGUCUUAGAUCGCACGGUUUUGCAAGUGUGGGUAUUAAGAAAAUUCGAAAUGUAUAGUUUUAGAAAUACAGCGAUUGGUGACUUGUUUGCUCCAGCGUGUACCAGCAUAGACUAUGGUGGCUUGACUUGUUCGACAAAUUGUGAUACGGCGACUACUCAAAGGGUCUUGCCAGCAGCUUACAUGGAAUGACAGGGAGGACAGAUAAUUUAAUCUUUCAAUUUCUGAUGCAGAAUUCUUCUUUUUUUUUAAUUGCAGGUGAGUCUUUUUCCCUUGACGUAGCUGACGCGUCUGUCGUUCCUUUUGAUUUCCUAGACGUUUCAUUUCUACAAAAGCCCUGAGGGUUUUGAUUCCCAUCAUGGCUAUCACACAGUUUCGGUUAUUUAAAGUUUGUACCUGUUUAGCAACAUUAUUCUCAUUCCUAAAAAGAUUAAUAUGCAGAUCUGGCAGAGGACGGAAGUUAAGUGGAGACCAAAUAACUUUGCCAACUACAGUUGAUUAUUCAUCAGUUCCAAAACAGACAGAUGUUGAAGAGUGGACUUCCUGGGAUGAAGAUGCGCCCACAAGUGUAAAGAUUGAAGGAGGGAAUGGGAAUGUGGCAACACAGCAAAAUGCUUUGGAACAACUGGAACCUGACUAUUUUAAGGACAUGACACCAACUAUAAGGAAAACUCAGAAAAUCAUUAUUAAGAAGAGAGAACCAUUAAAUUUUGGCAUCCCAGAUGGUAGCACAGGUUUUUCUAGUAGAUUAGCAGCUACACAAGAUAUGCCAUUUAUUCAUCAAUCACCUGAAUUAGGUGAUUUGGACACCUGGCAGGAAAACACCAAUGCCUGGGAAGAAGGAGACGACGCAGCCUGGCAAGCAGAAGAAGUUCUGAGGCAGCAGAAGAUAGCAGACAGAGAAAAGAGAGCCGCAGAGCAGCAAAGAAAGAAGAUGGAGAAGGAGGCGCAGCGGCUCAUGAAAAAGGAGCCCAACAAAAUCGGUGUGAAGCUGUCCUAGCGGCGUCCCGCAGGUGCCGCGCCAGCGGGGUGCGGGCGCCCAGGCGGCUCUGCACGGGCCUGAGGAUGUUCAGGGCACAGACGCGCCCUUGACUUCCACGCCUCACCACGCCGUGCAGGACACCGGGAUCCUGUGGAGCACCUGGCACUUGUGACUGAGACUCAGAAGAACAAAAAGGAUUGUGAGACAAUGUUUUUGUCAACGCACUCCAUCAUAGGGCAGUUGUUUGCUGUAGGGAAACUAUUUCAAAUGGAAUUUACCAGUACCUCUUCAAGCUAGUGUUUCUAGCGGAAUAAAUGGGUGUAAAUAAUUUUAUGGUGGGAAAGAACUCUACUGUCUAUAAUCCUCUCCUUCAUUGUGCAUAAUGAUAAAAUAAAUAAUUUUAAGUAUUCCCUUGUUUCCAUGAUUACCCAACCUAAAUCAGACGAACUUGCAGGGCUUUAACUUUUGUAUUUCUGUUGUCAGAAGCUGGUGUUGGCAUACAUUUCCUCUAAUUUGAACUGGUCUUGUUUAUGUUCAAUACAACAUUAAAGAAUUCAAUGAUUUCAGUUUUUAAGAAAAUGACAUUAAAUGCAAUAAUUUUAUUUAUCAUAAAGAUUUUUGUACAUCAUUGUUUUCUUUUAGAUGGUGUUAUAAUGUUAUAAAUAUUUAUAAUUUAUAUUGCAUGUAUAAGCAUAUUGAAAAUCAGGUAAAAUGGCAAAUUUGUUUUACAUUAUUAUAACUUGCGAGUUUUAAAAACUAGUAUCAGUAGGUUUUCCCUUUUGUUGUAGAUUUUUAAGAUGUUUGGUCUCUUUAAGCACUGUAGUUCCCCCUUCCCAAAAGCCAUUAAUUUACAAAUGCAGAAAGCCUUCAGUUCUAAUAUUUUAAAGCUUUUAGAUUUCUGUAUCAGUUUUAUAUAUCUGGCAUAAUGCAGGUUGCCUGUGUUGUUGGCUAAGAUAACAUUGACUUAUUAAAUUAUAAACCAAGAUAGGAAUAACAAUGAUUUUAUUUUUGGGUGUUGACUAGCUCCAAAAUAGUUUUAAGGAAAGUAAGAUACAUACUAUGUUCACAGGGAAAAGUGUAGAUUUAGUAGUUUAAAAUCCCAUUAAUUUUUUAUCCACAAUUAAAAUGCAUCCAGCCUGAUUUCUAGGGCUUUUAGAAUUUUUAAAGGUUUAUACUUUGUUAAAAGUUGUUGCCCAAAAUUAACAUUUUGUGUGUUUUUUAAAUGUCAUACUCUACAGGCCAAAUACUGCUAAUAUAUUGAAUUAAAGUGAUAUUUCAUAAUAAAAUGACAAACUAUAUAAUGAGGGGCUCCCUAAGUCCUUAGACAAAUCUUCCGGAGUAAAUGCGAUUGUGAAAUCAGGCGAAAUUUAACUUUGGUAAAGAGCUUUUUAUAGUCCCAGACCACAUUUUCAGAUACCAUGUUUAUUAGGUUUUGCCAAUAAACUCCCAAUUAAAGAGAAUUAGACUCAAAAUGUUAAUAAUAUAUAAAUGUACAUUCUCUUCCCUCAUUUGUGUUUUAUUUUUAGUUAAGGGAAUGCUACAUGAUUUUCUAAAUUUGGGGUUCAUGAAGGAUACACCUCCCCAUUAGCACAAUACACUUUACUGCUUUUCCCUCAUAGUUGAUAAGUAUUGAAGUCUGCUUUUGCCAUUUUUAUCUAUGUGAGAUUUUGGGUUUUAUUUAGAAAUAAAGACUGUUUAGGAAUUAUAGUUUGAUUAAUUAGGAAGAAAGAUUUUUCUUGUGAAAAGAAUAAAUAACAGUUCUGGACUUUUU